AUGGAUAACAAAGGCAAGAAAGGUAAGUCUAAACAAAGAGAUCAUGAUGAUGAUGAUCGUGUUACUACUGCUACUAGUGACGAUCUUGUCAUUCUCUGUGAUCAUGAGUCUGGUAAUCUUGUAUCAGAUGAGAGCAUGUGGAUAAUUGACAAUGGUAAUAUAUUGCAUGUUACACCAAGGAAUGAUUUCUUCACAUCUUAUAUUUCUGGUGAUUUUGGAGUGUGGAAUAUGGGUAAUGAUGGUGUAUCUAUAAUUGGUGUUGGUGAUGUUUACUUGCAAAGCAACAUGGCAUGGCUGGUCAAAUCCUUUAGUGGUGCAGUUUAUUUUGUUACCUUUAUUGAUGAUUGUUCCAUGAAACUAUGGGUUUAUGUCUUGAAGACAAAAGACCAAGUGUUGGAGAAUUUCCAAGAAUUUCAUGCUUUGAAGUAUCAUAAUAUUGCACAUGAAAUGACUCCUCCUAAAACUCCUCAAUUGAAUGGUUUAGCAGAGAGGAUGAAUCGAACACUUAUUGAGAAAAUUGACAAAAUGUCUUCUUCAAUAGAAGUUAACGAAGGUAAUGAACAUGUACAAGUAGACUUGCCCGUUGAAGAAAAUGAAAAAGAUACAACUCAAGCAAAAGAAGUACAAAAAAAGAGAAAGAGACCAAAAACAUCCGAAGUAUGGCAAGAUUUUGACGAAGUUGAAGUGGCCGAAGGUGUGAUGAAAGCUAUUUGCAAAUACUGUAAAUUAAAGUAUUCUACAGGAGGGAAAGGAUCUAGCACUAGUCAUUUGAAAAGACACUCUGAAAAUUGCAUGCACAAGAAAAUGCAUCAGACUGUUGAAAAGAAACAACCUGUCAUUCCAUUCAAGCCUUCUAAUUCCGCUAACCCUUUUAUGAGUUCUGGUGUUAGAUACUCUAACGAAAAGAUGAGAGAAGUAAUUGCAACGGCUAUCAUGAUUCAUGAAUAUCCUUUUAGUAUUGUUGAGGAUGACGUUUGGAUGUGGGCCUUCCAAUAUGCGAACUCAGAUUUUCAUAAGGUUACGCGGAAAACUAUAAGAAGUGAUUGUUUGGCACUAUAUGAGAGGGAAAAGAAAAUUUUGAAGAAUUUUUUAGAAAGUGUAAGCAAGAUUAGUUUGACUACAGAUAUGUGGAAAUCUACUCAUCAAGUAGCUGAAUAUAUGGUUAUUACAGGACAUUUCAUUGAUGCUGGAUGGAAUCUCCAAAAAAGAGUUUUGAGUUUUGUGAAAGUUCCUGCUCCAAGGCGUGGUAUUGACGUGGCUGAUGCCAUUUAUAAGUGUUUGAAAAACUGGGGGAUUGAAAAUAAGGUUUUUUCUGUAUCAGUUGAUAAUGCUUCUUACAACGACUCGUGUUUGAGAUGUCUCAAAGAGAAUUUAUCCCUAAGUAGUAAGUUAUUUUUAGGUGGCUCUUUGUUUCAUGUUCGUUGUUGUGCUCAUAUAUUGAACUUGUUAGUACAAGAUGGUCUUAGUAAAAUUAAGAGUAUUAUUUACAAUAUUCGUGAAAGUGUGAAAUAUGUUAACUUCAAUGAUGCGAGGCUGAAGGCAUUUUGUGAUGUGGUUGAGCAAAAGGGCUUGAAAGAUAAAACUUCCUACAAGGAAAGAGAACCUCACUAUGAUUUUGCACCUUCUCUUGAAGAAUGGAACAAAGUUGAGAAAGUUUGUAAGCUACUAGAAGUAUUUAAUCUUGCUACUCAUGUGAUCUCAGGUAGCGAGUACCCGACUGCAAAUUUGUAUCUGGCUGAAGUUUGGAGGGUGAAACAAGUAAUUGACAAUGCAAUUGAAGACGAAGAUCUCUUCAUGAGAGAAAUGGCAGGUCCAAUGAAAUUAAAGUUUGACAAAUAUUGGGGUGAGUGUAAUAUGUUAAUGGCUAUUGCUAGUGUUUUGGAUCCUAGGUGCAAAUUUCAUAUGGUGAAUAUAUGUUUUCCUAAAAUAUAUACAUCUAAAGAAGUUUCUGAUGAGAAUAUAAAAAAGUUUAAGACUUCAUUGGAAGAAAUCUUUGAUGAGUAUGUAUCUCUAAAUUUGGAAGAGUCUUCAUCCGUUCUUAAUUCGGAGAGUAAUAAUUCAUCAUCUUCCCAAGUGAAUAAAAAAAUUGUCACUGGAUUUGACCAAAUCAUGAGCAUUCUCCGUGAAAAAGAAGCUGUUCCACCAAUACAGUCAGAAUUGCAAUCUUAUCUUGGUGAAGGUAUUUACAUUCCUAAUGAUAACAACGCUUUUAGUGCAUUGGAUUGGUGGAGGAACAACAGCUUGAAAUAUAAAAUUUUGUCAAAGAUGGCUGCUGAUGUAUUAGCUAUUCCAAUCUCAACUGUGGCAUCAGAGUCCACAUUCAGUGCCGGAGGUAGAGUUAUUGAUGAAUAUCGCUCUAAACUAAAUGAAGAAUCUAUCGAAGCUUUGAUAUGUGGUGGAGAUUGGUUCCGCCACAAGUAUAAUAUAAAGAAAAAGUUGAAGGUUGAUGAGAAAUCUAUACAAAUCACUUUGAAGAUUUGA